CUACAACAUCACCAGAUGGCACUAUAAAGUUCAAGAAUACCAUUACUUCCAGGAUUAUACAUACUGCCCAGCACUUCAGGCUUUUCAGUGACAUACAUUAAGGAUGGUUGAAUAUUUUUCAUUUCAUGAAGAUUUAUCUUCUGAAAUAAGAAGAAGGCAUUAUCAGGUGUCAGAGACUAAACAGACUGGUGAAAAUAGACUAUUGUAUUGAUGAAUGUUGUAUAACACAUUUACAAGCUAAUGUGCAGGUGUCUUAACCAUCCAUCCUUGAACUGCUAUAUCGCUUUGACGUCACUGUGAGCGUCAUCAAAGCAGCCUGUACCAUUUGGGCUGUUGAAUGGCACCUUAUCACAAGCACUGGCAGGGAAUGUGGAGCAAUAUAAUCACAGUCUCUGAUUUCACACAUUGGCUAAUAUAGUAUUAUACUGAAUAAAUCAAAGUUUUUUGGAUUUUACUGUCCUUUCCUUUAAUGCAUUAUUAAGGUGGAUAAAAUAUAUUUUGCUCAAGAAUGAAAGCUGAUGUUUGUACUUCUACUCCUAAACAUUUCAGGUGGAAAUAUUGUACUUUUUACUUCACUACAUUCAUAUAAUAGCUUUAGUUACUUUGCAGGUUAACAUUUUACAUAAAAAACCCAUGAUCAGCUUAUGAAAUACAAUACCCCUUGAUUCAAAACCCCUUGAGGCAAUAUUGUGAUUUUGGGCUACAUAAAUUAAAUUGACUUGACUUGGCAUGUGACACCUCACUUAAAAUAAGUAUGCAGUUGGGACCCAUUGUCUCAUGUUUCAGAUGUCUAUCAGCAGUUACAAUAAAGAGUGAAAAAAGCAAAUAUAAGAGAAAAGCAAAAAACAAAAAUGUCCACACAUUUGUGCAGCUGAACUUAAUUUGUCUUAUUUGCCUCAUUAAUCAUCUCACAAUGCCUCAGAUUUAUCUUGUGAACCUUUGGAGGGGCCGGAUCCCUAGGUUGGGAACCACUGCGUUAAAUUACCUAGGUGUAUAUAAAGUAGUUCAAACUAGCUUCACUUCAACCAGCUACAACAGAAAAAUGCUACUUACACAUUGAUGCAUCAGUAUCAACAAUGCAAUUAUCUCAUGUAUUAUAACAUGUCACUCAUAGGGACCAGUUUUUUGCAGCACGAGUACUUUUAUUUUUGAUACUUUAAGUACAUUUUGCUGAUUAUACUUCUGCACUUUUAAUUAAGUAAGAUUUUUAAUUAAGCACUUUUACUUCUAAUGGAGAAUUUUUAUAUUGUUGUACUGGUACUGUACUUUUACUUAAGUAAAGCACCUGUGCACUUCUUCCACCAAUUCCAGCGCUACAAUACAUAAUAAAAAUGAUGCAGGAAUUAAGAUGAAAUCUGAAUAGCUGUAGUUUUGACUGUGAUUAACUGCACUCUUCUGUUGACUCUUAUCUUAUCAGCUGAGCUCCAGGAUGGCUCAAUGAUACUGGAGUGAUUUCACUACAGUAAUGUGCUAGCAGGUGGAUAUCUGACUGUCUCCCAUAGAGGGGCUGAGUGGUUGGCUGGCUUGCUGACUGACUGACUGACUAGGAGUGCCAGUCAGGAGAGGUUUUAUGACGCUCACUACUGAUCGAAGUCCACUUAUGGGCCUCAAACAACCAUCAGUCCACCGGGGCUGUUGGGCCUGCCUGCCUGCCUUUCUGUGGCUCUCCUGCUGUAUCUGUCUGGUCUCCUGAUCUCUGCAACAGUGAAGAUCAUGCUAGACUGACCCUGAAGUCCCAUCAGUCAGAAUGGACCUACCUGGUUAUAACUCACAGCAGCCCCAUCCUUUUGUCCACCACACUGACAACUACCCAGAGGAUCUGUUAACUUUGGAAGGAUCAUCAACAUUUCAGGAGUUAAAGACAGAGCCAGACAGUAGACCAGAGUCAGAAGAGAGGUGUCCCAUCUGUGGAGACAAAGUGUCAGGAUACCACUAUGGACUGCUAACUUGUGAAAGCUGCAAGGGCUUCUUUAAACGCUCAGUGCAGAAUAACAAGCAUUACACCUGUGCAGAACAACAGAGCUGCCCCAUGAACCUUUCACAGAGGAAACGUUGCCCUUCCUGCCGCUUCCAAAAGUGCCUGGCAGUGGGUAUGAAGAGAGAAGCGGUAAGAGCAGAUCGUAUGAGAGGUGGCAGGAAUAAAUUUGGCCCUCUGUACAGGCGGGACAGGCAGAUGAAACAGCAAAAGGUUUAUCGCCAGGCAAACACUGCUCCCUACAGGAUUAAGAUGGAAACUACCCAAACACACCAGCCCACAGCUCCAAAUGACCUUCAUCUAAUGAGCAGUCACACAAGUGUCCCAUUGUCCUCUGAUGCUUUUCAUCAGUCCCACGUGUGUCCCUCUGGCAUGGGGCAGUUGGGUCCGCCCAUGGCUCUGGACUGCAAUCUGAAUGCAGACAGGGUGCUCACUCCUACAUCCCUGCCCUACCCUGGACUGUACCACCACACCUUCCCUGGAUACCUCCAGGAGAAAGGAGAAAUACCUUUUAGCUACAGUUUAGCUCCCGCAACCUAUCCAAUGCAUCCAACUCCAAACAAUUCAUUCACUCCAAGAAGCACACCAGCAUCAUCCCCCUGCUUAGCACCAAGCUCAACCACCCCUCUCUCCCAGGCUCCCACACAAACUCUAGACACCCCCUCAUCGGCAACUCUUACACACAAUUUCCUAAACCAGCUCCUGGAGGGAGAGCAGGAUGAGAGCCAGCUGUGUGCCAAGGUCCUCGGCAGUCUACAGAGAGAACAGGCCAACCGAGGCAAACAUGACCGCCUAAAUACAUUCAGCAUCAUGUGCAAAAUGGCUGACCAGAAUCUAUUUGGGCUUGUGGAGUGGGCCAGGAACAGUGCACUCUUCAAGGAGCUCAAGGUGGAGGACCAGAUGGUGCUGCUGCAGAGCUGUUGGAGUGAGCUGCUGGUCCUGGAUCACCUCUGUAGACAGGUGACCUAUGGCAAAGAGGGCUGCAUAUAUCUGGUCACAGGACAACAGAUUGAGGUGUCAACCAUCAUCUCUCAGGCAGGAGUGACACUGAGUGGCCUGGUAUCGAGGACCCAGGACCUGGUGUCCAAACUGAAGGCACUCCAAUUAGACAGACAUGAGUUUGUCUGUCUCAAAUACUUGGUGCUAUUCAACCCUGAUGUGAAGUCAGUGCAGAGCCACAGGCAGGUGGAGCAGACUCAAGAGAGGGUGAACAGGGCCCUGAUGGAGCACACCCAAGGCAGUCAUCCAGGACACUCAGACAAGUUCGGCCAGCUGCUGCUCCGGCUGCCUGAAGUACGCAGCAUUAGCUUGCAAGUGGAGGAGUAUUUGUACCAGCGCCAUCUUCUGGGGGAUUUGCCCUGCAACUCUCUGCUCACUGAGAUGCUGCACACCAAGCACCGCUGAGAAGGUGCUGCUGUAUCUGGUGACACAAGAGUGGCAUAGCCUGAGUUUGCUACUGUGAAUUUUUGCACCUUCUUUUUGGCCUUUCAGACCCAACUGUGUUUUUUACUUUUGAUGAUUGUUGCAAAUAGUCAACAGACAUCCUUUAACAGCCCGUACAGCUUCAGUCACAGUGAGAGGGAAAAUAUGUGACCCAAGAUCAGCAAUGAAGGGGAAUAUUUACUAAACCUGUGUCAUGCUUCGCCCAAGUGCCCAUUAUUAACAGUAUUACCACAACCAACAGCCCAGUAAAUGUUUUUUUCUGUCUGUAUUGUUGAGCAAAUUUGAGAUCUAAGCACAUUUUUUAAUAAGCAGGAAGAGCUUAACUGUGUAAAGAAAAAAGAUAAAUGCAUUAUUGAAUAAAGACAUUUUUGAAACA